UCCAGUAGCGGACGGCGGAAAGUGUGUUGAGCGCAUGCGUCCUGUGGCAGCUUAGAAAAAGAGGCUGCUGGCGGGCCGCGCUGAAGACAUGGAGCAAGGCUACGGAGGCUAUGGGGCAUGGAGUGCUGGACCCACCAACACCCAAGGUGCAUAUGGAGCUGGUGUGGCCAGCUGGCAAGGUUAUGAAAACUACAAUUACUAUGGUGCCCAGAACUCCAGCGUCACCACAGGAGCGACCUACAACUAUGGCCCAGCCUCAUGGGAGGCCACCAAGGCCAGCGACAGCCUGGGAGCUGGGGGCCCUGCCAUGCACAUGGCUUCUUAUGGCCCAGACCCAUGCACUGACAAUUCAGACUCUCUCAUUGCCAAGAUCAAUCAGCGUUUGGACAUGAUGUCCAAGGAAGGAGGCAGGGGCGGGAGCAGCGGCGGUGGGGAGGGCAUGCAGGACCGGGAGAGCUCCUUCCGCUUCCAGUCGUUUGAGUCCUAUGACUCCAGACCCUGUCUGCCUGAGCACCAGCCCUACCGCCCCAGCUACAGCUACGACUAUGACUUUGACCUGGGGCCCAACCGAAAUGGUGGCUUUAGCGGUCAGUACAGCGACUGCCGGGACCCAGCCCGAGAGCGGGGCUCCCUUGAUGGCUUCAUGCGGGGCCGGGGCCAGGGCCGCAUCCAGGACCGGAGCGCCCCAACUACCUUCAUGCGCAGCGACCCUUUCUUGCCGCCAGCAGCCUCCUCGGAGCCCCUGUCUGCUCCCUGGCCGGAGCUGAACUAUGUGGGUGGGCGGGGCCUGGGAGGCCCCUCCCCCAGCAGGCCACCGCCCUCCCUCUUCUCCCAGUCCAUGGCCCCAGACUUCAGUGUAAUGGGCAUGCAGGGGGCCAGCGGCUAUGACAACUCUGCGCCCUACGGAUGCGGCCGGUCACAGACCCGGAUGAGGGAUCGGCCCAGGCGGAGAGGGUUUGACCGCUGUGGCCCAGACGGCAUGGGCAUGGGCAUGGGCAGGAAACGGAAGCAGUUCCAGAUCUACGAUGAGCCUGACAACAAACUGGCCCGGGCUGACAGCGAAGGAGAUUUUUCUGAAAAUGAUGAUGGAGCUGCUGACUUCCGGUCGGGAGAUGAAGAAUUCAGGGGUGAGGACGACUUCUUUGACUCCGGGAGGCAGAGAGGAGAGAAGGACGAUGAGGAUGAUGAAGUAAAGAAGAGAAAGGAAAAGCAAAGGAGGAGAGACCGCAUGCGAGACCGAGCGGCGGACAGGAUUCAGUUCGCCUGUUCUGUGUGCAAGUUUCGUAGCUUUGAAGAAGAUGAAAUCCAGAAGCAUCUACAAAGCAAAUUUCACAAAGAGACACUGAGGUUUAUAAGUACCAAACUCCCCGACAAGACGGUGGAGUUCCUCCAGGAGUACAUCAUAAACAGGAACAAGAAAAUUGAGAAGCGGCGUCAGGAGCUGAUGGAGAAGGAAAGCACAAAACCCAAACCAGACCCUUUCAAAGGGAUUGGCCAGGAGCACUUUUUCAAGAAGAUAGAGGCUGCUCAUUGCCUGGCUUGUGACAUGCUGAUCCCUGCGCAGCAUCAGCUCCUCCAGCGGCACCUGCACUCGGUCGACCACAAUCAUAACCGCAGGUUGGCUGCGGAACAGUUCAAGAAAACCAGUCUCCAUGUGGCUAAGAGCGUUCUGAACAACAGACACAUAGUGAAGAUGCUUGAAAAAUACCUCAAGGGCGAAGACCCUUUCACCAGCGAAGCCGUUGAUCCAGAAGUCGAAGGAGAUGACAAUUUAGGAGGUGAGGACAAGGAGGAGACCCCCGAAGAGGUGGCUGCAGAGGUCUUAGCCGAGGUUAUUGCGGCAGCAGUGAGAGCCGUAGACGGGGCGGGAGCGCCUCCGGAAAGCAGUGAGAUGCCGGCCGAAGGGGAAGGGCCCGUGGACUCGACAGAGGCCACUAGUGGUCCCCACUCCGAACAGCUGGUGGAAGUGGAGAGGCCAUGUGGCCCGGCACCUGAGAAGGGCAGCGCAGAAGCAGAGGCUGGAGGUGAAGCUGCCCAGGGCUGCAGUGAGGCCGCUGAAGCUGGAGGUGAAGUGGCAGCAGAGGCCGCGGAGGCCAUCCCUGCUUCUGGCCCAGCUGCCGCAGGAGCCGGAGAGGAGCAGACGGAUGCGGAGCCCGAAGGUGCCGUUCCCGCAGACUGAGCCUCGUCCCCGUUGCAGGGGAUGUGUUUCAGAAAAUGCAUUGCUCGCUCUCCUUUUGUUCGUAAGCAGUGCUAGGGUGUGUUACUGGAAUAUGCUGGAACCUUUGGUGAAGAGGCCCAGCCGUUUCCUUCCAAACAGUGUACCUCGCGGGCUGUUACAGAGCUGUAAGGCGCUCUGCCUCAGUGUAAAGGCUGCAGGAGUUGUACAUUCCCCCAAGUGGCUGUGAAAUCUCUACACUGCAGUCUGAGUAAUAAAAGUUGGGUAAUUAGAUUUUGAUGAUACUUUGCUUGUUAAAUACAGCAACUGGCUGAAUGCCUUUUUUAUUAUUAUUAUUUUUGGAGCAGCUUAAUACUAGGGUGUAUCUUGUUUUAGAAAGGUUUUUUUGUUUUGUUUUGUUUUUUAAGUUUUAAGAAUUUGCUUUGGCUUCAGUUUUUGACCUGCUUUGGUAGCACACCUUGUGUGGUGUGUGAUCCUCACAAGACGUAGCAUUAACAAGAAUCUUGCUAACAUGAGGUUGGUUCUGUCACAUCAGUGAACUCUUCUCUCAAAGGCCUCAUGAAUCUGAUAGACCUGCACCUUUGGACACCCUCCCGCUUGCCCCUCAAGAAUGACAUUUUGCCUAGGGCAUUAUUUUCCCAAUCUUUAGUCUUCAGUAAAUAACCUUUAUGGUUUUUGGGGUUUUUUUUUUUUUAACCUCAUUUAUGUUCCACCUUUGUUACUUCAGGGUUGGUUUUUUUCUUCCUUGAAAAUGAGUUGCUUCUGCUUAAAUAUAUUUAAAAAGGAAAAUUUGGUGUCACUCCCAUGAGUGGAAAACAAAUAUAAAUUCCCAUAGAAUAGAUGCUAUCUGUAAGAAAUGAAUACAGUGAAAUAGACACAUUUCAGGUAAAUCCUAUCCCUUUGGAGGUUUAGGAAUUGGGGAAAGGAAAGUUAGCACGUGUCACAGGAUAACAAGCAAGUUAUACUUUGAUACAAUCAUAAGAAUUGAAAGCCACUUCCCUUUUGAAAUACUGCUGAGUCUAUUUCCCUGCAAAGCUUUGAACCUUGUCACUUGGGGAAGCACUGGCCUGGGGGAAUUUACUAGAUGGUAAAAGACUUGACAAGCAUCUACUGUGCACCAGGUGCUAAUCCCUGAUAAAAGUAAGAUAGGAGCUCUGCUCCAGGAGCUUUACUAGAGGUGAGAUGAAGAUUUAUGAAAAGUCAAUAUAAGAACUAGAAACAAAUAAACUGCUCAGUAAGCAAGAAGGCGGUGUCUGAAUUGUAUCUGUCAUCACUGCUAGACAGAUGGGCCUUAGUUUGUGUGUGCCCUUUGAAGUCUCUUGAGGCAAAAAGGUUGGUGGCAUUGACCAUCAGUAGUCUGAAAAGGGAUGACAAAACUAUGAAACUGUUGUGUUUUGUUUCUCUUGUAAAUGUACUCCAAGGCCUGUCAUUAAACCUAUCUCCAUUUCAA